AUGACCAUAUCAUAUGAUACAACCGUACAAUGCACCAGAUUGAAGGACACCAUCAUAGCGCAAAAACACUAUCGUACUACUGGAACGAUACCAACUGCUCUGGAUGCCAAAGUCGUCACAGCACCGUCGAAACGCUGUAACAUAGGCCAAACUUGGGAUAUGCUCCAGAUGCCGCAAUACACCCCGGACACCACCAUAGUACGAGGAUGUCAUGACAUAACCAGAAUGCCGCAAGAUACCCCGAAUGCCGCCAGAACAAGAGGUCAUCGCAGCAUCGCCGGGAUGCCAGCACAAGUGUCAGAUAUUGCCGCAAUAUACGAUUGCCGCAGCACUACCAGGACGCUGUCAUAA